AUUCAAUUAUUAUUAAAUGUACCGAACAACUCGAUGGUGCCUCGACAAAUAACUUGAAGAAGAAACAUACUCCAUUUGGUGAAAAUGAAAUUCCAUCUCUAGCUUGGACUGUAAGCGAAGAAGAUGUCCAUAAGAUUAAAGAAUUUGCACUUAUCGUUCAAGACGCAGAUGUACCAAUGCCAUCACCGAUUUUACACGGUUUAUAUUAUAGUAUUCCUUCAAGUUGUCGAUCUCUCACUCACAGUGAUCUUUUAUCUAUCAAAAAUGACGAUAAUGAAGCUGGUAGUGGUAUGAAAUACGGUUUGAACUUUCGAAAAAAUCUAUAUUCUGGAGCACGGCCGAUUGUUAAUCAUGGUCAACAUCGUUACUUUUAUCAACUUGUUGGACUUGAAAGACCAGUAGGCCUUCCAGGUGGUGUCAGUCUCCCCCAACUUAUCAAUGCUAUGCAAGGAAAGAUCAUUGCUUACGGAGUUUGGAUCGGAGUGUAUGAGCGACUACUUCAUGAGGACGAUUGA